AUGCCUGCGAAACCCCCGCUCAUCAGGGUCGAGUACGUCGGCACCAAAUCCCUCGAGAGGGUGCCCGUGCUGCCAUCGUCGCCCGGCAGCGCCGAGCCCUCGCAUGCUGCAGCUUCUGCCCCAGCUCCGACACCAGACCUGCCAGAUUCUACCCCGGCUCCGACACCAGACCUGCCGGAUUCGCAGCGCUCAGGGUCACUGGCGGAUAGCUUGGAAUCGCAGUCGUCGUUACAAGAGUCCCAGCUUCCCGAGACGGACGAGGAACUCAAGCAGCAAUUCGUCCAGUACGUCCGAGAUCAGAAUUCCAGCUUCCGAUCCGAGUACGCCCCCACCAGCGCUGCCAAGGAGGCAAAGCUUGAUAUGUUUAGCAUAGGGGCUAUGAAGAUUUACAUGGAGAAGAAGGGCUCGUCGGCCUUUAUAGCCUAUCUCAAGUUCGCGGCGGGGGAUAAGGCGAACAACUUGAAACGCAAGAGGUCGGAUACGUCUAGACACACUACGCCGACGGCCAAAGUGCCAAAGUGGUACGGCAGGAGCUGUAUUCUCUCUGGCAGCACACCGGUCGACGGGGCAUACAUUGUAGACGUGAGGGCCUCGGGGAUGAAUGCCUUCCACUUCUGGGAGACGUUGAGUAUGUUUUGGCCUCUUAAGAGCACCGAUAAGCUCGAUAUUAAAGGCCAGGAGCACCCGAUAGACCCCGAGCACAGGAUCUACUUACAGGUGGUGUGGCUCAAGGAUCUGGACAAGUUUAAUGGCCUUAUCAAAGGUGCCUGGGACCAUCGCGGAUCCGGUUCUAUCGUGGACUUCCGGCGUGGGAGCGACGACGGGCGCAUGUUCCCACGCCUCGAGCAUGGCGAUGUCUACGAGCUAUCUACGCCCGAUCCAGUCAGGUGCCCGCUACCCAGUAUCCAAUUUCUGCAGAUUCGCUACGCCGUUCAGAAGAUCAUUGCGGGUAUUAUGGCCGCCGGCGCGCUCAAGGAUAUCUUUGGUGGCGAGCCGUCCGAGGACGGGCUGGGCCCUGCCCGCCACGAGGAGUUGUUACCCGGAGAUUGGGAGGUCCUCCUUGAAGAGGCCGUGGAAGCCGAAGCCCUGACUAGGGACGCGGCGGAGCGGUGA